AUGUCCGACGAUAAUAAAUUUUGUCAGGCAUUUGCUGACGACGUGCUGGUGGUAGUGGAGGGUGACAGUGGAGAGGAAGUCCAAAGGAAGGCAAAUAAAAUAAAAAUUCUUGCCUUGACAAUUGACAGUAAACUUACGUUCAAUGAACAUGUGUCAAACAUUUGUGUAAAGGCAGCCAAUUUAUCUUAUCAGGUGGCAAAGGCAGCUGAGCAAACCUGGGGACUAGAUCCUGACAUAGUUUCCACAAUAUACACAGCCGUGGUGGAACCCACAAUAACCAAUGCAGCAGCAGCAUGGGCCAGGGCAACCGAAAAAACAUGUGUUCCUAAAAAACUAAACGCAAUCCAAAGAGGCUUCACCCAGAAGAUAGUUAAGGCAAACAGGACUGUCUCCCUGAACGCCGCUUUCCGGAACACUUCCACUUGA